UAGUUAUAAAUUCUGAUUAUUUUAAAAACAAAUAAAUUCGAAAUUUAUUAAUGAAUUUUAUAUACUACUGCAGUUGCUAGUGGUAUCUGGGAUUUUUUAAUGUUAUUUGUGUUUAAAGCUAGUAACCUAGUUUGAAGAACGUAUUCGAAAUGAAUAAUUCUGCUGCAAAGGUGGGAGAAAUAUUUACAGAAGCUGGCGCAGCUUUUAAUAAACUAGCAGAAAUGACGAUGAUGUUGCACCCAAUGACGGAGCAGCAAUCAAGUACACAAUCAAAAACACCAGUUAAAAGAAAAAUUCAGGAUGAACGAUUAGGAGUAAGCAAUACUGGUUCAGGUCAGGUAACACUUAACAUGUUAAAUGCUCCAGAGUCUGAAAUGGAUGUUGAGGGACUUGGGAGUGAUGUCAAGUUGGAGUUUGAAUCCAGCACAGAAGAAGUUACAACAACAUAAGAGUAAAAAAUAAUAAUAUCAGAAUCUUUAUUUUAUUAUAAGUUGUACAUAAUUAUAAUAUACAAAAUCUUUAAUUUUAGUUAUAAUUACAAAUAUUCCAAUCAUUGUAUUAGAUGAUAGCAUUGGAUCUUUCUAUUCCAUGAAGAAGAAGGUGAUUCAUAAAUCUUAAUGUGUGUCUUGUCAUUCAAAAUAUCUUCAAUUUCUUUAUCUACAUUGUCUCGAAUAG